AUGGAGGACGCUAGCCCGUGGCGUGAAGGGACCAGCGGGUCUAGCAGUAGUGACAGGGAGGAAGAUGUGGAAAUGGAGGAGGAGGAGAGGAAAGGGGAAAAGAGAGCAAAAAGGAUGGGUCCAAGACCAGGGCUUUAUUUUCAAGGGCAGGACUGUGCUGCAGAGGGGGAGGAGUUGAUGAUGGAUGAACGCGCGUAUCGGCUUUACCACCGUGCAGGCACAGGUGCUCCUUGCUUGAGUUUUGAUAUCUUGCACGAUGACUUUGGUGAAGAUCGAACCAGCUACCCCUUGAGUCUUCUGCUUUGCGCUGGCACCCAGGCUGAAACUGCCAACGCCAACAGAUUGAUGGUAAUGAAAAUGCAUAACCUGCAUGGGAUGAAACAAGCCACCAAGGAAACUUCGGAGUCAGAGAGCAGUAGUGAUAGUGAUGAUGAUGAUAAUGAAGAGAAGAAACCCCAGCUGGAACUGGCCAUGAUCCCCCAUUAUGGGGGUAUAAACAGAGUUCGGGUGACAGAGUUUGGUGGAUCACAGAUAGCAGCUGUUUGGUCUGAGAAAGGGCAGGUUAACCUAUAUGACCUACGGAGCGCCAUAGUGGCUGUGUCAGACCCUCAAGCAAUGGCUGCCUUUCUGCGAGAAGAGCAGGCUAAAAUCAAACCCAUCUUCUCCUUUGCUGGGCACAUGACGGAGGGGUUUGCUAUGGACUGGUCCCCCAAGAAACCAGGCACUCUUCUCACUGGUGACUGCAACAAAAAUAUCCACUUGUGGACGCCGAAGGAGGAUGGCUCAUGGAUUGUAGAUCAGCGGCCUUUCACAGCCCACACUUCAUCAGUGGAAGACCUGCAGUGGUCUCCAAAUGAAGCCACAGUGUUUGCAUCCUGCUCAGCAGAUGCCUCCAUCAGGAUCUGGGAUAUAAGGGCGGCCCCUGGGCAAGCUUGCAUGCUGACCACCAGCCAGGCACAUGAUGCAGAUGUCAACGUAAUCAGCUGGAACCAGAACGAGCCCUUUAUUGUCAGUGGUGGUGACGACGGAGCCCUAAAAAUAUGGGACCUGAGGCAGUUCCAGAAAGGUUUGCCCGUUGCCACCUUCAAGCAGCACACUGCCCCCAUCACCUCUGUCGAAUGGCACCCUACAGACAGUGGCGUGUUUGCGGCGUCCGGUGCUGACCACCAGGUUACUCAGUGGGACUUGGCUGUGGAGCGAGACGAUGCAGAGGAAGAGAAGGACCCAGCUUUGGCUGCCAUCCCACCCCAGCUCCUGUUUGUUCACCAAGGAGAGAAUGAAAUCAAGGAACUGCACUGGCACCCACAGUGUCCCGGCACCGUCAUCACCACAGCUUUGUCGGGUUUCAACGUCUUUCGGACCAUCAGCGUCUGAGAGGAGAGGCUUUCAAAAGGGCAGCUCGCAUGUCCCUGAUAACGACAGACUGGCUGUUCUUAAGAUGGUUCUUCGCCUCUGCUUCAGCAGUGCUUGUUUCAAAAUGGGUAUCAUCCUGUGAACUCAAAAACCCUUUCAAAAUGGGUUGUUUUUCGGUCUGAUUGAAUGAGGAAAAGAAGUCACCACCACUUUACUAGACUAAGCCUUCAAUGAGGGCCUCUACUUUCCUGUCUUCCAGUGACAGAAUUAUCUGUGUGCCACUUUAACAGUUAUCGCUUCUAUGCCAGAAAAGAAAUCCCAUUUUAACUGGCCAGGGGGGAUUUCCCCCCUGUAACUAAGUCUGACAAAUCAGUUAUUCAUGCACAACCAUUCUGGUGAGGUGGGGGAAAGGGCUGAGCUCAGAAAAAACAUGGAGCUCUUCAGGUGGAAGGAAGCAGCGUUUGGCUGAGUACCUCAGAACCAGAGUCCCUCUACAAAGAGCAUGCCCAUGGCCUGUUUAUUCAUGCCAGACCUCUUGAAGAUAACUCUACAUUUGCAUUUAAUUAAAUAAAGUAUUUUGAAACAAAGUCAACCCCCUGGGCUCAGUCCUUCCUGCUGUUGAAUUUUUCGCACAGCCCUGAACGUCUUAUGAGCCACUUAGGUGUCUGCAGGCCUGACCCACCAGGGGCUCAAGAAGCUUUUGUCUUGCUGGCCAUGCAGGCAUGUUGACAGAGGGGCUUGCUCAAUAUCCCGCCUCUGCGUCAUAAAGAAAACUGCUGUUGGCUGCAUGAGAGCCAGUUUGGUGUAGUGGUUAAGAGCAUGAUAAUCUGGAGAGCUGGGUUUGAUUCCCCACUCCUCCGCUUGAAGGCAGCUGGGUGACCUUGGGCUAGUCACAGCUCUCUGGAGCUCUCUCAGCCCCACCCACCUCACAGGGUGUUUUGUUGUGGGGAUAAUAACAACAUACUUUGAAACAGCUCUGAGUGGGCAUUUUCUCCUGAUAAUAAAUCAAAUAUCAUUAUUAUGUAGCAAGAGCUACCUUUGCCUUUAGGUCACAUUCCCAGCCCUGUUUCCUCAGCCCUGGUCCCCUCGUGUUUCUGAGCUGGCAAACGAAAAAAGCAGCACUGGAAAGAGACGUCCCUUUCAUGCCACUGCAGAGGUUUGUAAGAACAGGGCAUUUUGCCAGCUUCUGUAGAGUGUAAGUUUGAAACUUUGGUUCAGGCUUCUGUUCACGCAGGCUCUGCAUGAGGCCUGUUUUGUGGGAAGUCCCUUCUUAAUUGGAUGCACCUGUGGGCACUUUGUUCCUGUGAGAAAGUGGCCUUGAACAGGCCACAGCCUGGUAGCUGAACUCCUCUCCUAAUCAGCACUCUCCAUAUUUUCACACGCUGUAAUGCCAACGAAGUAACUGAGCCCUGAUUGGUUCCCAGACUGGUGGGCCGACCUACACAUAUCUUAAGAAUCCUCAUUGUCUCUAAGCAAACCUCAGCCUUUACCUCAUUGUUGCCCAUCUACAAUGCGUGAGAGAGCUUCUUAGCUCCAUGCCACUCUGCCAGGAUACCUAGAGUUGGAUGGCAUGAGAGUUGGUUGUUCUUUGCUGAGAACAACCAGCCUUGGAACUACGCCAGAGAACGAUAGACUGUUAGCUUGUAGUCGUUUUAGUUAUUUAGAUGAUAUAUAGAAAAGCAAGCACUUACUUGUUUUUGUGCCUUAUCUAAAUGUCUUUAAAGAGUGAUUCCUGGUUUACAUACGCUCCUAUGUUCGUUCUUUAAUAAACUCCAGUAAUACAUUUUA